GCAAGCAAAAGAAGGCAAGUUUUGAGGAGGAAAAAAACAGAAGAAAGGAAAUAAAGAUAAAGUUUUUAGGUUGGAAAAAGGUGAGGAAGCAGGCAGAAAUGGUCAUGUUGGUGUUUUUGGAAAUGGCUUCUCAGACGUAAAAAGAUUCAUUCACUCUUUUAACCUCACUCACUCUCUCUCUAGGGAAUCAAAAAGCUACUUUCUUUUCCCCCCUUCAUUUACUUGUCCUCAUUCUUUACAUUUCUUUGGUAUUUUCUUGAAGGGUGUCACUGAAGAAUCCGCCUUUGUUUAGGGCAUCUUCUUCUCUAUUCAUGCUGUUUAUGUGUUAGCCUUAUAAUCACACAACCCUCACCAAUCACACAUCUAUUUCUUCAUAACCAUCUUCCAACUUAGAAUCCCAUUUCUCUCUAUAUAAUCUAUCUACCUCGCUGUUCUGAAUUCUGAUCAUAUCCCAUUUCUAGAAAUGGCUGUUCAAGCUCAAUACCCAUCAAAUGUUCUCUUUCUAAACAGAAAUGUACAAGAAGGAAAAGGCCAACUAGGUAAUGAUUAUUCAUUGCAACAUCAACCUGGCGGUGGUAGUGGAGGAGGAUCUUUUCUUGAUCAAACACAAAUGCUAUUCAAUCCUGGAGGUGGUGGAAAUGCAAGAAAGAGAGGAAGAGAACUUACAAGUACAACGGCAGCAAUGAAUCCAUUGAUGUCGAUGCAGUCUCAGCCUCAACCUCAACUCAUUGACCUCGCUCAGCUUCACACAUCGCCUCCUUCGCAGCAGACACCAAAUGUUGUCUCCACCGGACUCCGUUUAGCUUUCGGAGACCAACAGCAGCAGCAACAGCAACAACAUCAAUUACAGCACCAGCAUCAUCACCAUCACUCUCUUUCUCCUCAAUCCUCUCAAUCAUCAGCUUUUUAUUCAAUAUUAACAGAAGAUUUAGCUACUCAUAUCAAACAGCAACGCGAUGAAAUUGAUCAUUUCCUCCAAAUUCAGGGAGAACAAUUGAGGCGUACGUUAGCAGAGAAAAGGCAACGUCACUACCGUGCGCUGAUGGGAGCAGCUGAGGAGUCAAUGGCGCGAAGGCUAAGAGAAAAAGAAGCGGAGAUGGAGAAAGCAACGCGGCGAAACGCGGAACUAGAGGCGCGUGCAGCGCAAUUGAGCGCGGAGGCGCAGGCGUGGCAAGCAAGGGCGAGGGCACAGGAAGUGACAGCGGCGACGCUGCAAGCGCAGCUACAGCACGCCAUGAUGAACGGCGGCAGGUGUAACGAGAGAGACGACGGGAAUGGCGGAGGCGAACCGGAGGAUGCUGAAUCGGCCUACAUUGACCCGGACCGAGUCGUUGAGUCGACCGGUCCGAGUUGCAAAGCGUGUGGGAAACGAGUCGCCUCAGUGGUUCUAUUGCCGUGUCGCCAUUUGUGUGUUUGUACAGAAUGUGAUGCUGUUGCUCAAGCUUGCCCGUUGUGUUUCUCCAUUAGAAGCUCAAGCGUUGAGGUCUAUCUUUGCUAGAAGCCCAAUUACCGGCCUACUUUGUUUUCGGCCCAAGCCCAAGUCCUGAACUAGGACCUUUUCAAUUAAUGUUCUAAUGGUUAAAAAGAGUUAUUAUAAUUAAAAAAGGUAAACAAAAAUGAAACAAAAAUAAUAUUUCAUUUAAUAAGUAUAUAAUUUCUUACUUCGACAUUUUUUCGUUUCUUUACUUUUUUUCUUGGGGUUUGGUUUUGCAGCAAAUCAAGGACUCAAAAAUUUUCAUUGCCUUUUAUUUUGGAGAGGUUAAACACAGUUUGACUGUUGGAGAUGAGGCAUUGCCUUUUCUGUUAUCUUUUUUCUUUUUCUCUUUUAGAAAAUUAAUUCAUUUGUAAAUUCGUUUA